ACAAUAUCGUGUUGUCGAAUAAGAGAUAGCUGUAUAUCACUAUUGUAGUGAUUGUCUAGCGUCUUGGUGUUUUUUUUGUGUCGCAAGAUUGUAAAAUCCGUUAGAUUUUUGUUGUUUUAGGUUUGUGAGUGAUUUGUCGUAUUAGAUAGUUCAACAUGCUUUCAGGAGAUCGCCUCUCCGACAAUUGUCACAGAGCAAAUCCUUAUAUCGAGCAGCGUGCAUCCACAGGCUUUGAUAUGGAUCCAUUGGGAGACAAUUCGCCACUAUGGGGAGCCACCCAAUUGAACUACCCCGAAUUCGCCCGCCAAUCGCAAUGGCCCGACAGCAGUGAUCCUCACCACCAGCAUGUUAUGCAAUCCGAUGGAUACAACUCAUAUCCAGUUGCACCGAUAGAGGGCAGCUACAUCGAGCUACGAACAUCCCCGGAAAUCGUCGAAGCCGAUUCUACUAUUGCGGAAAAUGGUGGAGUCAUCUACCAUGAUUAUCAGCAACUACCGGCAGGACCAUCAGCGGCGGACAUGUUUCCGGUUCCUACUGAAAUCGGAUCCUAUCCACCGGCGGAAGAAGGAGGUUCUAGCAAAAACAUGUCACCAGACGGAGGCUACUCAUCACCAGGCCCCGAAUACUACGCAUCGUACCAGAUGGUGCCGCAAGCAUACUCAGACGCAUCGCCAUAUCAGAAUGUGGAAUCUCCACCAGAAAGUGAAACAGUGAAAUAUGAAGUGCUAGAGGUGAAAGAAGAACCGGAAGUGUACCGAAGUGAUCCGUAUGCUAUGGGAUACCCGCAACCUAGCAAUGUCAAUCAAGUGCAGAAAUAUAACGCCAACAAUAAACCUGUCAUCCAUGGCAAUAUUCUAAUAAAACCAGCUAACAACUCCGAGCCAUCGCAACAGUACGAUCAGUUUGAAAUACUUCAUUUGCACAACCCUAUGAACUAUCCGGUUCAAGCAUAUGCCCAAGUGGAACCCAACGUCCAACAGCACAUUCCACAAGAACCAAUAAAAAUCGAAGUGAAGAUCAAUGCACCACCGCAGCCUCAACCACAGCUAAAAGCCCAGACUAAACAACGCAAACCUCGUAGAUCGCGUCCUUAUCCCAACGUAUCAUACAAUCAGCAGCCAUCGGCGUCGAUUGACUUGGAUCCGCCAGCCCCAACACCCAAGUACCGUGUGCUUCAUGCCAAUCCACCGGUUCCAAGCUACAGUAAACCACAAGAGGAAGAAUCGGAAGAAAACUGCGCGCGAAGAUCCGCUCGUCCAAGUGUCAUCGAGUGCAGUGAUUACAAGUGCAAGAAAUGUGGCACCUUCUUCGCCCGCCAAUGUGGCCUCACCCAACACCAGAAGUGGAUCCACGCCGAACGGAAGUUCCAAUGUGAACGGUGUGGCAAGAAAUUCCCGUCACAGGAAGACCUCACCAAGCACAUCAAGCGCCACGACAUGAAGGACAAGCCGUUUAAGUGCCCGAUAUGCCCGAAGCAGUUCUGCCACAAGAAUGACCUUCGCCGUCACAUGUAUCGCCACGAGGAGAGCACACCCUACGUGUGCGACUCGUGCCCGAAGUGCUUUAUCCGCAAGGACCACCUCUUGGCACAUCAGUUGUCACACGAUCGACGCGAAAAGAGAUCCCACGAUAAGGAAAACGGGAGCCCGAUGUAAGUACAGAGAGGAUCAGUGAGUGCAAUCUUAUCGGAAGAGGUCCUAAGUAAACACCAACGGAGAAGAGCCCCGCUAACACUACGCCACUACACUAUGCGCAGAUGGCUGCGCAAAGCAAUAAUCCAGUAGACAAGUGCAAUGCUUUUAAAGUUUGUUCUAUUUUAUAUAUUUAUAUUUGUUUACAAUUCCAAUCCGGUGACUAAUGCAAUAGUUAGAGCAGAUGCUAUUUAGAUGGCCCGGAAGCAAUCUGCGUACUUCUUUCGGUUCCUUUUUGUAGUGUUGAAUAGCGUGAGAAAUGGACGUUGUGAAUGAUGAGUGAAUGUGAAGAACUGUUGCCGAUUACCCAGAUUAACGGAGUAAGGAAGUGAAAAUCGAAAAAAAACUAGAUUAAUUCGCAUUCCCUAUCAUUUCGAUAUCUACUUGUAUUUUAUGUUACUAUUGUUUGUGUAAGUAAGUUUACGAAUUUACAUAAUGCUCAUUAUCUCAAAAUAUUGAGGUCGUACACGAAACAGUAUUAAUGCCAGUAGGCAAAUGAUCAUUAAUAACUAAAUAUUUAAAAAAUCCAAGAAUCUUGGCGACAAUUGAAAAGUGAACGUUAAAAUAUAUACAUUUUCGACGUAAGAGAAAUACAAAUAAGUCUGAGAGCAUAGGUAAUAAGUGAUGUGAGAUUUAUUAUACAAACAGUUUAUACGUGAAAAGUUUACAGUUUUUAGCCAAUUUUACCUAAAACUAUCAAUACAAUUGACUUUUUAAUAAAUGAUAAAAUAUACGGUCGGAAGACAUCAAAAGCA